ACGUCGCCGCUCCGAGGCGCCGAGCGGGGCGAGGCUGUUGCGCAGGUUUUAUUCCUCUCCGCCAUCUCGGGGCCAUGUACCGGCAGGGCUUCCGCCCCCCCACGCCCCCGUACGCGGGCGGCGGGUUCCGGAGCCCGCCCUCCGCCGGCGGCCCCAUGCCGCCCUCGCCGCGGGGCUACGGGAGCCCUCACCACACGCCGCCUUACGGCCACCGGCCUGGGCCCUACGGCAGCGGCCGCUCGCCCCGAGGCCACGGUUUCCACGGCGGCGGCGGGCGAUUCGGGAGCCCGUCGCCGGGGGGCCAGACCCCGCGCAGGCCGCAGAGCGCCAGCCCCCGGUACCCGGCUCCUUAUGGCGGCAAAUCCCCGGUUGGAGCUGCCCAGCACCCGCAGCAGCACAAGCGCUCGCCCGGGGGCUACCAGAGGCACUACCAGGGAUCACCCAGGACAUCUACUCCAUUUGGUACAGCGCAUGGCAGAGAGAAAAGAGUGUCUAAUGAUGUGGAAAACUAUUACAGACCUUCAAUGCUUGAGGACCCAUGGGCUGGCCUAGAGCCAGUUUCUGUUACAGACAUAAACCAACAAUACAGCAGUGAGCAAACAACAUAUACUGGCAAAAAAGGGAGGUAUUUCAGUUGACACUUUUUAAGGCCAAAUAACUCCAUCUUGUCAGGAAAACUUUGGGACAAAAUCUUUACACUUACACAAGACGAACAGUAUCAAGACCUUAGUUAAUGUUUUUAUUUGAUCACAUGUCUACCUUUUUAUCCAAUUUUUUUUUUUUUUUUUUUUACUGCAUCGGAUAUUUUUAUGUACGGGGAGGGAAAAGGAGUGGUAGGAUAACUUACAUUUCUGGCUACGUGGAAGUGCCUACCAGCUUUGAAGAACAAAGUGUUCUUUAAUCACCAGCGACUGAUUUGUGACUGUUAAAACAAGUUUUCAUAUACUUACCUCUUCCAUGCCAGAUUGUUAGCCUUUUAUUGUUAACUCCUUUAGGAAAUGGUAUUUUUUUAUGUUUCAGCAUUUUUAGAAUGAAAUAACUUGGAAAUACAAUAAAAGUUUUGUAAAUCCUUGUUUUGUAAUGUAUAAAGAUUAUUUUAGGACUUUUGUUAAGGUGUACUUAUUAAGAGAAAUAGUACUAGUGAAAUUAGGUGACUUCUGUAAAUGUGUUUGUAUGCUGUAGUUAACAUCUGAUUUUUGUGUACAGUAUUUUUUGUUAAUUCUAGCAUAAAACAAGUGAAACAUGACUUUAAGCCAUCUCAGGAAACAAAUGUAUUGUUUUGGAAAGUUUAAUUUGUUAAACCAGCUCUUGAAUCGUAAACAUAAUUCUGUAAUUACUGAGUUUUGUAUUUAAAAAAAAAUCAUAUUUGGAACAGAAUUAGACAUUACUUGAUCAGAGUAAGCAGGUCUGUUUAGUGGCAAUUUAAGUUUAACCAACACAUAAAACAUCAGAUUUAAAUAAAUGCAACUGUGCUUUCUGGAUCUAACUUUUAGAAUAGCAUAGAGUGAAUCAAACUUUGUUAAAUAGUUGAUGUUGGUAAAUAUGUAGCAUCUUAUUUUUAUUGAUUUGUAUCAAGAGUUUUCAAUUUUGCUUUUAAUUUUUACCUACAACUGGCAUCUUUGCCUAGAGAAGUCUUGUUUUGUGUGUGUGCACGCGUAAGCAUGCUGUUUUCUUCAUACUGAAGAGGAGAACAACAGGUUUUUGUUUUAGGGCUUGUCUAUAUACAUGUGAGAUCUAUUCUUAAACCUUAAACUAGUGGACACUUUAAUCUAGAAUAAACUGGAAAUAGUUCCAACUGUAGACAUACUCUUAACAUGCCAGGUUAAGCCUGCAGUAGGUAUUUUUUUUUUUUCCUGAAAGUACCAUUUGUUGAUCUUCGCUUUUAUGCAGCAGGUAGAGAGUGAAAGCUUAUAUUUAAAAAAACAACUAAAACAUUAAUUUAGUUUGCAAAUAUACAUGUUUUGUUUCAGCUUCAUCUGCAUUUCACAGAAAGAAUAUUUUUUGUGGUCCUAAACUAUGAUUAGUUAGAAAAGCACAGGGAAUGAUAUUUAACUGUUUUUAGUAACUUGUCUUUUGCUGAGAUACACUAGCCCUGUAUUUAUUCCAAGUCCUGUUUCAGGAUAAAUAUAUUAGCUUAAUACUGCCUUCAGGAACAACUUUAAACUAAAAGGAGGAAUAAUGUGCUGAAGUUUGCUAGCUGCGUCCCUUGUACUUUUUUGACCAUAAUCUAAAGUUUGUCACUCAUGUUGUCUCUCAGUUGACUUUGUUUUAAUACUACAUCCAACAUACCUGCUCAGAGAAGUGAGACAUAAAUAAUUUCAUAUUUUCAAUGCUUUUUGGUAUUAACCUGCUGGAUAUCAAGAAUGCUUAAAAUCUUCAUCAAGAUUUAGAAUCAAAACUGGCAGCUAUCAGUAUUGCUAUUUAUCUGUAGCACAUACCAGCAGAACUGAGAUGACUUCACAACAAGCUGUAGAUAGUCUAAAACUGGUAAAGCAAUUAAACCUGUCAUCAAUAAAAGUAUAAAGCUUUU